UGGUGGAGAGGAGAAAGAAUGUCCUGAGUCUGAAGCAUAGUCCCCAGAGAGGAGCAUCCAGCGCUCCAAAGAUGAUGACCUCUCUGUGAUCACGAAGAAGAGGAUGAAGGCUCUUGCCCUUAACCUGACAGAUGAGCAGGAAGGGGAAAUGGUGGAGUGGUUGCAGACCUACCCUGAGCUCUACGACAAAGGACACAAGAAAUAUAAGGACACGGCGCUGAAGUCGAAGCUUUGGGAAAACAAGUCCUCUAAAUUGGGUGUGGAGUUCGGCGCCCUCCUGCACGUGUGGUACAAGUCCAUGAGGACCCGGUAUGGAAAAAUACGCAAGAUGAAGUCCGGAGAUAGGUCCCGGGACCUGGCGGCACGGGAUGAGUGGAUCCUAUCGAAAUGUUCAUUCAUCGCACCCCACAUUUAUGUCUGCCCCAACAGAGGUCCUGACCUUGUCGACAGGUCCAAAGGUACUCUGCUGCAGAGGUCCAACGGGAAUCUUGCAGAGGUCCAACGGGGUUGUGGCCUCCUGGCGUCCAGUCGGAUGGAUGGUUGGCCGGGGAUUUGGGCCUCAUGUUUCAUACGCUUCGAGGCGAAAUCGUCCUGUGUCUACUUGCAUUGUUGA